GGAGCGUCGUAUAUAAUGUCUGUGACUGGGAACCAAACUGUGAUCCGGCUGCGGCUGGGGCUCUUGACUCUGCUGUUGUUUGCCAUUGGCCAAGGUCAGGGCUGUCAAGUGCAGAGCUCUGGAGCAGCGGAGACCAAAGACUGGUGGGAGACAGCGCAAUUCUAUCAGAUCUAUCCACGAUCUUUCAAGGACUCGGACGGUGAUGGCAUUGGGGACUUGAAUGGCAUCACGAGCAAGCUGGAAUACCUCAAGGAUCUGGGCGUGACUGCCGCCUGGCUGUCACCCAUCUUUGCCUCGCCCAUGGUGGACUUUGGAUACGACAUUUCCGACUUCUUCGACAUCCAGCCAGAGUACGGAACUCUGGACGACUUCCGAGCGUUGAUCAAGAAAGCCAAAGAAUUGGAUCUGAAGAUCAUACUGGACUUUGUUCCAAAUCACUCAAGUGACGAGAACGAGUGGUUUAAAAAGUCGGUGAAAAGGGAGAAGGGCUACGAGGACUACUACGUGUGGCACGACGGAAAGGUGAAUGCUGAGACGGGAAAGAGGGAGCCACCGACCAACUGGCUGCAGUAUUUCCGUGGCACAGCCUGGGAGUGGAACGAGGAGCGACAGCAGUACUAUCUGCACCAGUUUGCAGUGCAGCAGCCCGAUCUCAACUACCGUAAUCCUCUGGUGGUGGAGCAGAUGAAGCGGGUGCUUCGCUACUGGCUGAACGAGGGCGUGGCUGGCUUCCGCUGCGAUGCACUUCCGCCUCUAUUCGAGGUCCUGCCCGAUGCAGAUGGUCAGUACCCCGAUGAGACUGUGACAGGAGCCACUGAUGAUCCAGAUGAUCGGGACUAUCUGACCACGACGUACAUUGAAGACAGGCCAGAGUCCAUAGACAUGGUUUACCAAUGGCGCACGGUGCUGGACGACCACAAAAGGAUAUAUGGGGGCGACUCGAGUGUCCUUCUUAUAGAGACCUACUCUGCUGCCUGGUUCACCAUGCAGUUCUAUGGCAAUCGGACGACGGAGGGUGCCCACCUGCCCUUCAACUUCAACCUGAUAACGGUGAUGGAUCAGAAGGGUCUAAGUGCCCAGACAGUUCAGGAGGCAAUCGACUUGUGGCUGAAGAAUAUGCCCGCUGGGCGAACGCCCAAUUGGGUGCUGGGAAACCACGACAAGCGACGAGCAGCCAGUCGAUAUGGAGUGGACCACAUUGAUGGCAUGAACAUGCUAGUGAUGAUCCUGCCAGGGGCAAGUGUGACAUACCAGGGCGAGGAGAUCGGCAUGACCGAUGGCGAGAUCAGCUGGGAGGACACUGUGGAUCCUUGGGGCUGCAACUCCAAUCCGGAUAUCUACGAGAUGUACACUCGGGAUCCCGAGCGAACGCCAUUCCAGUGGACGGGUGGCAGCAAUGCGGGCUUCACCGAUGGACCCACCACCUGGCUGCCCUUGGCGGGCGACUACGAGACGGUCAAUGUGGAGACAGAACUGGCGGCAGAACAUUCCCAUCUGAAGAUCUACAAGAUGCUGGUGGCUCUACGCAAAUCAUCAAAGACCCUGCAGAACGGAUCCACCAAGUAUCUGGCUCUAACCGAGGACAUAUUUGUGGUUCGACGAUCGCUCGCCAACUCUCCCACUAUUGUGGGUGUAAUCAACUUUGGCUCCGAGACCAAAACUAUUGACUUGCGGGAGUUCGACAAGAAUCUGUCUGGGAACUUGCAGCUGCUCGUCCGCAGUCUGGCCUCCACCAAGUCCGAAGGAACUACCUUCAGCGCUCAAAUGCUGAGCGUGGAUCCAGCUGAAGCCUUGGUUCUGACCACCCAAUGAAAGGAGAGGACAUGAAUCACGAAGUAUUUUAUUUCCAUUGAUAUCAGCUGUAGUUCUGAUUUAUUCGUAAAUAUGUAUACUCAUGGUUAAUAAUAUAUUAUUGUUAUUGUUAUUAGCUACGAAUUAAGUGAUCAACCAACGGGAAAGACAUUCAAAAAUGUUCAUUUGAUUUCGUUUGCUUAUUUAUGUACACGUAACGCAACACACACAGAGAUUCAAAUACAUUGCACUAACUUCUUGAA